AUGCCGACCCAGACCUAUCAACCGUUAGUCAAAGCAACCUCUAGCGAAAAAACGGAUGAAUCUACGGUCACCACCUCGACACCACCACCAAAAAUGAAGCACGAAAUUGAAAAAGAGAAAAAGGAGGACAAAGCGCUAAAGGACAAUCGGGUGCCAGAUUACCGUAAAGCUUCAACUGGCACGUUGAAUCGGUUGAUCCUAGUCGCCCAGGCUCUGGAAAACGAAGUGGAUAGCCGGCGACAGUCCGAUGUCUCCGGCAGCAAAAUAGUGUUUUCCAUUCGAAUGGCGAAUAUGAUCCUUCUCAUCCUCGUCAACGUCCUCCUUUUUUCCGGUGUUGGCCAAUAUUACGAUAAAAAUCAAGGCGGACAAUGGAGUCUGAUGCUGACUGCCGACAAAUGGAUGUAUACUGCUGGUGAAGAUGCACUGCCGGAUACAUUCCGUGAGAUGCGGUUGAAUGCGCAGUUUUUUGCGGCUAGUAUUACGGUGUCGAUGCUUUUGGCUACGGUAUUGCUACAGGUGCUACAUGUUUGGAAUAAUGGAAGUUCUAGGUUGAUUUCAAUGGCAUAUGCAUUUGGCGCUGUCCCGUUUUCGCUAUUUGUGUUCGGAUUGGAGAUGCAUUACUCAGCGUGCCCCUGGCUGGAUGAUUACUUGCAAAGCGGAACCACGGCUCCGGAUGAGAUUCGUCCGCUCACCGAUGUGCAGUGUGGGAUUAAUGGCUGGGCGUUGGCUGGUAUCUUCGAACUCCUAAGCUGUGGUCUCUUCAUGAGCGAAGGUCUCAUCACCGCUUUUUUUAAAAGCGAAUCCUCCCAUCGCGACAAAAAGGAAGCUAUCUUG